AGCACCCCCGCAGACUCAGCUCAGUCGGAAACGGAAAGGAGUCAGCCAUAUUGCAUACCAGUUGAGUUUAGAAUUGGAGUUAGGGUACGAUCUGAUUUUAGCAGCAAAUCGGCGUUUCGGUUUAGGAAAGCUUUUCCAUCUAAAAGUUUAAAAGAAUAAAUCUAGCUUAUUUGGUCUGUAACGCUUUUGUUGCUUGGAAGAUUCGCGGUUCCGCAUUGUCGGGUGUUUCUAGCUACAUCGAUUUUAGGCCCUGGAGUAUGGCUGAAGGUGUGACGCAGCCUGCUGUAGUCAAAGGCUCACCAAUGAAAUAUGUUAAAUUGAAUGUUGGAGGUUCUCUCUUUUAUACGACUAUUGGAACAUUAACAAGUAAGCCAUGCACCAUGUUGGAGGCAAUGUUUUGUGGAAGAAUGGAGGUCUUGGCCGACAGCGAAGGCUGGAUUCUGAUUGACAGAAGUGGUAAACAUUUUGGAACUAUUCUAAACUACUUGCGAGAUGGUUCAGUGCCAUUGCCAGAAAGUAAGCAACAUUUAGAAGAACUUCUACAGGAAGCAAAGUUUUAUCUUCUUGAUCAACUGUCUACCGAAAUAAGUGAUGCACUGAGCAAGAAAGAUGAACCUUACCAGCCAGCUUGCAGAGUUCCAUUAAUAUCAUCAUCAAAAGAAGAAAAGCUUAUUUUGAGCUCUACAUCAAAGCCCCUCAUAAAAUUAGUAUGCAAUCGUUACAGCAACAAAUAUUCAUAUACAAGUCAAUCAGAUGACAACUUGCUAAAAAACUUGGAACUAUUUGACAAGCUAGCACUUCGGUUCAAUGGCAGAAUCAUCUUUAUAAAGGACAUAAUUGCAAAUGAUGAAAUAUGUUGUUGGUCAUUUUAUGGUUCUGGAAAGAAAAUUGCAGAAGCAUGCUGCACAUCGAUUGUGUAUUCAACAGAAAAGAAACAAACAAAAGUGGACUUUCCAGAAGCAAGAAUUUAUGAAGAGACACUCAAUAUUCUUUUAUAUGAAAACAACAACUUGCUUGAUGCAGAACUUCUCAGAGCUACAAAAAGGGUAGCAUUAGACAAGGAUGAUCCAAAUGAGACUCGAAGGCAGAGAUUGCAUGCGCUUGCCACUGAAAAUUGAUUUUUGUUUCAUUCUGUGAUCCAUUCUAAUAUGACAUACUGUUCACAUUAAAAAAGAAUUAUAAUUUAUGCUACCCAUAUCACCUCUAGAAUAGUUUGUAUUUAGAAAGUUUUCAUUGAAGGGCACAUGUCAACCAAAGAAUGUAAAUAAAUUUGUGCCAUGGACUUCUUGAUGGUCUUUUAGGUAAAUUCUGUAUCAUAAAGCCAAAACAUGUGCUUCCUUAAAUAAAUAAAAUUUACCAUUAUUUAUUUUGCAAUAAAGAAUAAUUCAUAGUUUUAUAUAUUACUCCAAGUUUGUUUUUCUUUCAAACAAUAGAGCUCAUCAUGUUGCAAAGCUUCUUUUUGAUUUUGUUUGAAAUUUUCUAGUUUCUAGUUUUGGAACAUAUUCUUAUCCAAAACCGUUUUUAAAUGUACUUAAAAGCGGUCUUUCAAAUAAUUAGUCUUAAGCAAUUUUGGUUAAAUGUCUUAAUUUAAUUCAUUGCCAUUGGUAGAAAUUAACCGCUCUUUGCAAGUGGGAAUGUCAUGACAAAAUCAAACUCAAAUUUUUGCAAUAUUGAGCAAAUCUAUUCCUUUUUAAUGUCAUAGAUUAGCAAACUUGUAAUAUUAAAUCACAAUUUAUUUCAGUGUUCAUGUUUUCAGAAAUCCGUGAAAUAAAAUGCUGGAAUUCGUAGUUUUUCAUUCAAUGCUAAGUCAAAUUAUUGCCCAAAAAAUGAAUUUUGGCGAUAAAUGAAUUUUUUAGAAUUUUUUUCCUACAUGUUAUCAAAGGUUCACAUCUUGAAAUACUGCACCACAGUCAAUAAAAUGAAAUUUGCUAGAUUGGCAAUUAAAGUGUAACUCUAAGAAUUAAGAGAUUGUGUUUAGAGAUGUGAUUAUUUGCCUUCAAAACCAUUCAAACAUAUUCAUCCAAAGCAGGGGUGGGCAACGUACGGCCCGCGGGCAAGAAUCUGUCACAGGAAGAUAAUUUUUGUGGCCCGUGAGAUGAAAAAUAUUACAUUAUAACUUUUUUGGUUUGCAAAGAUGAUUAUUCGAGAGGUCGCAAACACUGACAAAGUUCGCAACUGUAUACAUCGAUUCAAAAUAAGAUUGUCUUCAUCAAACGUGGGAAUUAUGGAAAUAUUUGUUCGCUAUCUGUGGUCACGAAUUCAUCCUGCUUAAAGACAGGACUGCAGAAUCUUAGAAGUACUGGGCGAUAGUUAACAAAUGCAGCAAGAGCGAUUCUUACUGGGCGCUCUAAUGGCAGUUGAGCAGGGAUCACGGUUGUCCCUAUUUUGUCAAGUUGUCGCUGUGUUGAAUAAAAUUAUGUUUACGUAUAUUUAAGUGAAUGGUCUGAGCUAAACGUCGAUUGGUGGAUAAUUCUGCAUUUCCUUUCUAGGAUAUUUUCUCCAAACCCAGAAUCAUGCCAUUUUUAAUUCUGGUUGGGGUUUUCAGUUUUCCUUUUCUCACUUACGGUUAUGACAAUUUUAUCUAUCGUUGCAAACUAUCUAAACGAGAGGUUUGUGAUUCUAAUGUUAGUAAAUUUAAAAGAAAGUUUUUCAUUAUUUUUAUUAUCAUUUUAUUACACAAAUGGUAUUAGUUUUUCUUAUUACCUUUGGGCAGCUUAAAGAAAAGGUUUGGAGGAUCUGGCCCAAAAGGUUGCCUAAAAGGUUGCCCACCCCUGGUCUAAAGUAUCGUUGGAAUGGUUUAAAUCUUUCUAUGAUAAUGCUUCAUUUUAUAGAUUCUCGAAACAAAGUAUCAUGCCGCUUCCAGAUUCAUGUCCACCUUUCACAAUUAAGUUAACUGUUUUAUUGUUCCAGGAAAAGACUCGUAGGCGGGCCGUAUCCCUGAAAAUUGAAAUCUGGCUUGGUAUGAUCAUCGCGUACCUUUUGCCCAAUCCCCAAUCCAACUACUAUUGAAAAUUCUUUUUCUACUCGACUGCAAAAUAUUAAUCAUCAAUGAUAAACCAAAAUGAACAUUACACAUUGCAUAUUUUUAAAGAAAGAGAUACAACUUAAGAGAUACAACCUGAUGGCAUUCAGUUUUCUAGCCAAACGUCCUAGCAGGUUUUAUUUCUUAUGGUAACGAGUUCCAAAUUGUUGUUUUUCUCCAGUUUUGUCCUUGUUUCGUUUUUUAAUCAAGAGCUACGUAAAGUUACAUUCGUUAAAGAAGAGAUUGUUAAACUGCUAUUAGAAGAAGAGAAGUGCUGUAGAAGAGCGGUAAAAGACCGGUAGGCACUUUGGUAUUCGAUGCUUCAUUCACCCUGAUUGCGGAUUCUUCUUUGAUCAUGAAGGCACAGAAGCGUCUUCCUCCUCAAAGAUCUGAUAAUGUAUGAUGUUAGUGCGCUGAUAAUAUAUGCGUAAGUAUGAUAAAUGGUAAAUUAUUGAUGUGCAAUAUUUUCUUCCCUUUGUAAGCGCAUCGAUAGGCAUCUAGGUGCUAGGGCUGUCUACUUGUAAUCUUUGCCUGUUACCCCUUUGAUUGGUGAGUUGCUCGGUAGGUACAUUACUGAUCUUGACCUAUUUUUUAUGAAGCGAAAA